AAAUUUAAAUAGUUUAUGAAACCCAAAGCAAGUAAUAACCGGAACCCUUUAACAACGACUUUUGGCGCGAAAUUACGGACACGAAUUGGGUGUUGGAAUGUAAGGACCAUGACUCGACUUGAACGGCUACCCCAAGUGGCUAAAGUCAUGCAAGAAUACAACAUUCACAUUCUUGGAUUGAGUGAGACGAGAUGGAACGCUUUUGGAGAAACGCAAUGUGAUUUUGGAUACUCGUUAUUGUACAGUGGUAAGGAAGAGGAUGCGACCCGAGAGUAUGGCGUGGGUUUGCUGCUAAGUCGCAGCGCUAAAAGUAGCUUACUCUCUUGGAAGCCAGUCUCGGAACGAAUAAAAUGCGCCAGAUUCUCGACACGAGUACGGAAGGUGACAGUGAUACAAUGCUACGCUCCCACUAACUCUGCUUCGACCGAUGUAAAGUCACAAUUCUACGAACAGCUGGGGCAUACACUCAAAGGCAUCAUGAAACAAGAUAUCGUGAUUCUCAUGGGCGACAUAAAUGCGAAGAUGGGAAAUAACAAUGUAGACCGCGAAUAUUACAUGGGACAAUAUGGGGCAACCGGAACUAUUAACGAAAACGGAGAACUUUUCGGUGAUCUAUGUUCCACACAUGGUCUAGUUAUUGGAGGUACCCUAUUUAAGCAUAAGGAAUGUCAUAAAGUUACAUGGAUAUCACCGGACGGAAAGACAAAGAACCAAAUCGAUCACGUAGCUAUCAGUAAGACAUGGCGCUCUUCUCUUCUUGAUGUGCGAAAUAAGCGUGGCGCAGACAUUGACAGUGAUCACCAUCUGGUGGUAGCGGAAGUUCGUCUUAAAAUAGCAGUUCCCCACAGAAAGCCAGAUAAAGCAUCUAGAAAAUUUAAUAUCCGAAAACUGGAAGAUAGCAAUUGCCGAGAGAAGUUCAGCUUAUCUCUCAAAAAUAGUUUCGAGCUGCUUAAGGAAAUAGAGGAUGAGCAGAUGGACGAGACGUGGGACCGCAUACGUGGUGCUUAUAAUAAAGCUGCUAAGGAAGUAUUGGGGUAUACCAAUACAAAGCAAGAACCU